AUGUCUCUUGUACCCAACUCAAUCCCUACGAAUGUGUCAGAUAAUGCUCGCUUGCCCAUAAACUGGAGCGGUGUAUUCAAGUUAAACACCGAGUGUUUGCGACUGUCCAGCGGUGGAGGUAUUCGAGAGUGUUUCCAAAGUACGGUUGUGCUUCUAGUCGGUCGCCGUCCCCAUUUACGUUUCUUCGUAUCUACCAAUCCGAACGUGCCUACCUUGGAGGCAAAUCAAUCCUACAGACUUGUUGGUGAAAUGCUAGGAAGAAGUAACCGUCACGAUACAGUCCUCUCACCCCUGGCUGGUGGGGUAAUCCGACUUGAAGAGUAUGAGGCUCAACUACCACAGCCUCUACCAGUCAUCACGGUGGCAAGCCGUGGCCACAUCAUGCGGUGCGUUAGGCGCAGGGUUGUUGGUCAGGACUACGAGCGUUGGGUCAUUACCGCGAUGCAUAACGGGUGGGACGACAGUUUGGGUAGCGUGGCACAUUUUCUUGUUUUGUAUGAGGCUUCCCUAAAACUGUUCAACUCCAUCGGCGUCAAUAAUCUCAGUACGGGCAACAUCGUGAAUUUCAGCGGAGUGGUGAUCAAUUACUCACCAGUUGGUAGGGCAUGGGUUGUAGAGCUUAGAGCGGUAGAUCAUAUUGUUACGGCCCGACCAGAUGUGUCUGCUUGGAAGCGGAGAGCAUCUGCUAGCACUUGA